AUGACUCACACUCCCCAUCACACGCUGCCUGUGCAGGCCGCCUUUGAAGGGGGGGGCAGCUUCAAUCAAUCGGAGGCUGAGGAUGGUCCAGAGAGGAGGCCAACAGAGAGCAGCGUGGCCCCGAACGUGAGCCGGGGAGAGGAGGGUGGCGCCGGGAGACAGACGGAGGUGGCGCCACAGAAAUCGACGGAGAGCAGCUCCACCUCUCCACCCCUGAGACCCGAGACCAGCUCUGCUCCAGCCCACACCUUCAGCAGCAACACAGCAAACCCAGCUCCACCCCUGCUGGUGUAUCUUGGAAACCCCGUAGAAGCGAUCACGGUGAAACCCGCCGCUCCAGCUGCUCCUGAACCCACCAGCAGACCCACGUCAGACACUGUGAAGGUGCUUCAGUCUGUAGCCGGAACUCCACCUUCCACCACCCACCUGACUGUGACCUCUGACCUCACCACCUCCACCUUGUCAGCAGCCACCACCACGACGGCGGCGACUGAGUCAGCAGCUUCAGCGUCGGUGUCACACGUUGGAGGGUCAAACCGUGGUCCAGUGGCUGUCGUGGGCCCCGACAGGAGCCUGUCUCUCCCGGUGAGCAGCUUGUUGCUCAACGGCAGCGGCAGCAGUGACGACCGCGGCAUCGUCAGCUACCGCUGGGAGGCGGUCAGCGGGCCUCCCGGUCUGAGGCUGGAUGACGCGGAUCAGCCUGUCGCCACAGCCUCAGGGGUUCGGGCGGGGCGCUACACCUUCAGACUGACUGUCUCUGACCAGGAGGGGGCGACAGACAGUGCCUCGCUCACCGUCCGAGUCCUGGAAGCCAGUAGUCUUCUUCCGGUCGCCCACGCCAGCGGCAGCCACUCGCUCACUCUGCCCAACAACUCUCUGGUCCUCAGAGGCUCGGUGACCAACGCCGAUCAGACCGCGGUCCACUUCCUGUGGACCCGAGACAGCCAGAGUCCUGCUGCCGGGGACGUCCUGUACGGCUCCGAUACUCAGCCCUCGCUCUACCUCGCUAACCUGGUCGAAGGCACCUACCUGUUCCAGCUGAAGGUGACCAACGCGCAGGGGCGCUCCGGCUCCGCCACGGCCACCGUGGAGGUGCGACCAGAGCCCGGCGGCGGCGAGCAGGUGGAGCUGGAGAUGCUGGUGUCGGUGUCUCAGGUGAGCGUGGCUCAGAGGGACACGGUGGUCCGACAGCUCGCCGCUCUGAUCCCCGUCCUCGACAGCGACGUCCAGGUGCGAGCGCUGCAGGGACACUCCCACAUCAGCACCGUGUUGCGGUUCUCCGUGCGCGGCGCCUCGGGACCCCUCUCCGCCUCCCGAUUGGUCGGCGUGCUGCGCAGCCAGCUGCUCUUCGAGAAGAGCGACUACCUGCUGUUCAGAGUCCUGAGGGUGGACACCGUCUUGUGUCUGCUCAGCUGUUCCGGGCGUGGUCAGUGCGAUCCAAUCACCAAGCAGUGCGCCUGCGACCCCUUCUGGACCGAGAACCUGAUUCGUCGUUACCUCGGCGACGGAGAGAGCAACUGUGAGUGGAGGGUCCUGUACGUCAUCCUGACCAGCUUCGUGCUCGUCGUCCUCAUCCUGUCGCUCGGCUGGGCGUUCAUCUGCUGCUGUAAGAGGAGACGACAGACCAAAGCGAGGAAGAAAACCAAAUACACCAUCCUGGACAACAUGGACGAGCAGGAGAGGGUGGAGCUCCGCCCCAAAUUCAGUAUCAAGCACCGCAGCACGGAGCACAACUCCAGCCUCAUGAUGUCCGAGUCGGAGCUGGACAGCGACCAGGACACCAUCUUCAGCCGCGACCGGCCGGUCCGCAGCAGGAACCGCAUCAGCGCCAUGGCCGCCCGCAACGGCGACGCCUUCGGAUGACGGGACGGCCGAUCUCUCGCAGACGUUGAAUGGUGCAUUCUGGGACAUGUAUGAGAGACCACAUUACCCAGAAUUCCAGAGAAUUCUAACGUGUCCCAUUUCAAAGGACGCGAGGAACUCUAGACCCGGAGGACGGACGCGCGUCUGCUCGGACAGAUAACAGGAAGAGCGAGAGGGCGGGACAUGUCAGGCAUCGCAUCACACCACUGCCAGGCGUCCGAUUCACAGCUGUGAGCUCGUUAGCUAACAGAGCGCUCGCUAGGAAACACGGCAGAGUCAUGGUUCAUCUGAGCCCGCCUCACAGACGCCAUCCGCCAGGUUCAACUUCAAUGUUUGUUGGUUAACGAGAAGCAGCGUGUGAAUCAGACAGUUUUUAAAGUGAAACUGUGAUGAAGGUUGUGAGCCGACAUAAAAACACCAACACAGCUCGAAGUAUCACAAACUCGUCUUUAAUUUAGUCCCAAAUACAAAAUGUACACAUGAACUUUGACCACAUCCGCUAAAGUUACAGAGACAAACAUCCAGUUAUUAAACUGCUACAGAUUUCAUUAAAAUGCUAACGUUUCACAUGUAGCCGAGUCGACAGGUUUGUACCCAUUCAUGUUUUCAUGGCUCCGUGCGGCGCCCGGCUGUCGCUCUGUCGGCUUCGUUUCCAAAGAAUCAGGCGUGUCGCGCAUCACGUACAUAAUUUCUUUAGGAAUGAAUAAAUUAUUCCGACUCAGGAGGAUUCAUGUGAGUGAAGCUUUAUGGACACUCGCUGCGUCGUGAGUGAAGCAGAAAAUUAGUUUAAAAAAAA